AUUCUUUUUUGUAUUCCCACAAAACCCAUCUGAUGUUCAUUUGGUUGGAAAUUUAUUCACAACUUCUUGAGUGUUCUACCAGGAAGAUCAAUUUGAUGAGCACGACCAAGCAAAUGGCGAGCAACUCAAGCUCAAAUCAAGCUGAUCAAAUAAUGACAAGGUAUGGUGAGUGCCUAAAACUGCCCUGCCCCGCACAGGAUCAAACUCGCCCUGCCUCGUACCUGCAUUGCCCCAUUGCCAUCGCUGUGGAAGGGUAUGGUAAGUGCCUUAAAAAUCAUGCUACGAGGCUUGGUCAGUACUUGCUCGAUGGAUGCCGUAAGUUUGUAAAGAGUGGUGAGGAUAGAACUAAAGGGGCAUAUGUUUGUGCUAAGUGUCAUUGUUUAAGGAGCUUUCAUCGCAUGCAUAAUCUGCAAUUACACCAGCAUCAAGGAACUGGAUUUUGCUUCUUUCACCAUUGUGUUCAUCCACACGGUGGAAACGCGUCCCGAACGCCUAUUUUUCAUCAUUCGACGACUCAUCAAAUUAUGCCAACCAGUAGUACUGGUGAAUCUCAGGUCUUAGUUUCUACUCAUGUGCUAAACAAGAAAAGAUCUCCAGUUAUGGAGUCACUUCAAAAGAAUGGUCCUGCUGAUGCAACAACACGUAUCACCAUCCACAACAUUUAAUAUAGGAAGACUGCUAAGGAAUUCAUCAAGACCUUUGAAAAACCCAAUUACUUCAACAGUAUCAACCUCUCCCUCUGCUGCUUCAUUUUCUCGGCACAUCUGAACUAUAGGCUCUUUAACUUCAUUACUGAACUCCACAUUCAAAUCCAAAUUGCCGAAGUGUUUCGCAAUCCUCCCAGGUUGACACCUCUGUUACUUCACUCAAUUUUUCAACAUGGGACAUUUCUACACCACCUUGAGUUGCUAAACCAUCUUGCAAAUUGACAUCAGUAUUCCCUUCAACUGUUUUUGCGUUAUUAGGUUGCUGUUUCUUGGCAUUUUUACUUGGGGUUCCAAUCCUUGCACUUUUCGCUUCUCAUUCUUUGCUUUCUUUCUCUGCUUAUUCGGAUUCCAAUCCUCAUCUGAUUCCUCACCUGACUCCGAUACCUCAACAAACACAUCAUCAACAUAUAUUCUUGGAGCAAAAUGUUUUCGUCCACCCCCACUUAUCGAUCCUCCAGCAUUAUGCGAACUGCCAAGAUUAUUCGCAUUACUCUGUCCUCCAGCAGCAUGAUUGUUUACCACUUGCGGAGAAUACAAAGGGCUUGGAACGGAGGCUACUUCUCAACUGAGAGAAACUCGAUUCUACUCCUUCAAAAGCUCUCCUAUUUCUCUCUCCAGACUACCCACAUUAGAGCAAGCGGAAUCAUGUUCAAAUCACUUCGUCUUCUCCACAAGUGGUAAACAAUCAUGAUAUUGGAGGACAGAGUAAUGCGAAUAAUCUUGGCAGUUCGCAUAAUGCUGGUGGAUCAAUAAGUGGGGUGGACGAAAACAUUUUGCUCCAAGAAUAUAUGUUAUUGAUGAUGAUGAUAAUGUGUUUUUUGAGGUAUCGGAGUCAGGUGAGGAGUCAGAUGAGGAUUGGAAUCUGAAUAAGAAGAGGAAGAAAGCAAAGAAUAGGAAACGAAAGAGUGCAAGGACUGGAACCCCGAGUAAAAAUGCCAAGAAACAGCAAGCUGAUAAGGCAAAAACUGUUGAAUGGAAUACUGAUGUCAAUUUGCAAGAUGGUUUAGCAACUCAAGGUGGUGUAUAAAUGUCCCAAGUUGAAACAGUUGAGUGAUGUAACAGCAGUGUCGACCUGGGAGGGUUGCAAAACACUUCGACAAUUUGGAUUUGAAUGUGGAGUUCAGUAAGGAGGUUAAAGAUCCUAUAGUUCAAAUGGGCCGAGAAAAUGAAGCAGCAGAGGGAGAGGUUGAUACUGUUGAAGGAAUUGGGUUUUUCGAAGGUCUUGAUGAAUUCCUCGGCGGUCUUCCUAUAUUAAAUGUUGUGGAUGGGGAUAGGGUAGAGGUUCCAGUCAUUUCUAAGGAUGAAAUGAGUCCGGUUCUAGUGCCUUCUCCUUUAUUUUCAGAAGCACCAUCUUCAGCAAGCGAUAGAAUUACAUUUGGUAUUCUCAAAGGAAACCAAGACAGGGAUAUGGACUAAGAAGUCAGUCUUUUUUAAUUAGCAUAAACUUAUGUUAAUCUCCAAUAUAUUUUUAAAGAAAUUAGAGAAGGAAGAGUUGGACUCCUAGUUUUUUAUUCGAAAGAAUUAAGCUUUUCUUCAAUGUGGUUAUCCAGUAGCUUAAUGAAUUAAUUGAAGUUGCGACUUGCUAAGUGCUUCCAGCAUAUUACAAUGGAAGAAGGGAGCG